AUGUCGACGGACGGAAAAGAUCGGAUUUAUGAUGUGACAAAUCGAAUUAAUUUCAAUCCUGCCACCUCCCUCCUGUUCGGGGGUGGAAUUCGAUCUAUCAUCUACCCACAUAUCUAUCUAUCUAUUUAUCUCAUGCUGUUCAUAUCUAUCUAUCUAUCUAUCUAUCUAUCUAUCUAUCUAUCUAUCUCAUGCUGUUCAUAUCUAUCUAUCUAUCUAUCUAUCUAUCUAUCUAUCUAUCUAUCUAUCUAUCGAUUUCCUACUGUUCAUAUUUAUCUAUUUCAUGCUGUUCAUAUUUAUCUAUCUGUCUCAUACUAUUCAUAUCUAUCUAUCUAUCUAUCUAUCUAUCUAUCUAUCUAUCUCAGUUUGUCCAUAUCUAUCUAUCUAUCUAUCUAUCUAUCUAUCUAUCUAUCUAUCUAUCUAAUAUUUAACUCUAUUCAAUCUAUCUAUUUAUCUAUCUAUGAUUCUAUUCGUUAUCUAUCUAUAUUUCUUAUGAUUAUCUAUCUAUCUAUCUAUCUAUCUAUCUAUCUAUCUCAGUUUCUUUACAGCUAUCUAUUUAUCUAUCAAUCUUAA